AUGAGCUACAAAGCCCCCGAGCACUUCUACCGCAGAGACCGAGAAGCAAACAGAGAUACAAAUAGAGACAGGGACAGAGAAAGAGACAGAGAAAGAGACAGAGAAAGAGAAAGAGACAGAGACAGAGAAAGAGACAGAGAAAGAGACAGAGAAAGAGAAAAAGAAAGAGAAAGGGACAGAGACAGAGAGAGAAGCCGCUGGGGCGGAGACCCGUACAGAGACAGAGACAGAGACAGCCGCUGGGAAAGACGCAGGGACCCGCGGGAAGAGUCGAGCCGCAGCUCGCGGCGGUACGAAGGAGCAGCAGCAGCAAAGUACAGCAGCAGCAGCAGCAGCAGCAAGUACGGGAGCAACGGGAAAUACGCGAGCAGCAGCAGCAGCAGCAGCAGCAGCAGGUUUGCUGCUCGUCGUCGUUCGCGGAGCUGGGAGCGCGGGGAGCAGCAGCAGCGGCGGCGGCGGAGCAGCAGCAGCAGCAGCAGCGAGGAGGCGGACGCAGCAGCAGCAGCAGCAGCAGCAGCAGCAGCAGAGGGCGACGAGGAGCAGGUGCUGCAGCAGCUAAUGGGAUUCAGCAACUUCUCAACUUCAAAAAAUAAAAUUCAUCUUUCUUCAGACCUUUCUGGAGUUAGCAAAAGGUCCAAAAGAAAGUACAGACAAUACAUGAACAGAAAAGGCGGUUUCAACAGGCCCCUUUCCCCCGUCUUCUAA